UUUCGUUUGUGUUUGUAUUUUAUUUUACGUCCUUCAUCUUUUAAGAAUAAUAUUCGACUUAUAAAUAAAAACUAAAUUAAGUUACAUUAUUCCAUUUUAAAUUUUAAUCACUAUAAGGUUUAUCAUCCAAAUAUAAAAUAAAUGAAGUAGAAUGAGUAAUAUAUACAUUCAGGAACCGCCCGCUUUAGGCAAAGUUUUAUUGAAGACAAGCGCUGGAGACAUAGACAUUGAGUUAUGGACAAAAGAAGCACCUAAAGCAUGUCGCAACUUCAUACAACUGUGUAUGGAAGGAUACUACAAUGGCACAAUUUUCCAUCGUGUGGUACCUGGAUUCAUUGUGCAGGGUGGUGACCCAAAUGGGGAUGGAACGGGAGGCGAGUCAGUCUAUGGAGCCCCAUUUAAGGAUGAAUUUCAUUCUCGUCUUCGUUUCAACCGACGAGGGCUGGUUGCGAUGGCCAACGCUGGUAAGGACGACAAUGGAUCGCAGUUCUUCUUCACACUCGCUGCAACUCCUGAGCUUCAAAACAAACACACUAUCUUCGGAAAGGUUACAGGGGAAACAAUAUACAACGUGUUGAAGUUAAGUGAGGGUCUAAUAGGCCCCGACGAUCGGCCCGAGCACCCCCAGAAGAUCACCAGCACUGCAGUGUUGAUUAACCCAUUCACAGACAUAGUGCCACGGGUUAUAGAGACCAGUGUUGAGGAGGCGCCUAAGAAGAAGAAAAAGGAGCGACAAGGGAUUAAAAAUUUCGGCCUACUGUCGUUCGGAGAAGAGGCGGAAGAAGAGGAAGGCGAAGCACAAGAGUACAGAGGGAAGCCGAAGUCCACGCACGAUCUUCUAGAAGACCCUAAACUUAGCAAGAAAACGGCGGCCGAAUUAGAAUUGGAAGAACAAAUAGACAAAGAAGAAACGAGUGCAGAAAUAGAAGAGAAGAAACAAAAGACUGCAGAGGCUGUUAGUAGCAUAAGAGGGAAAUUAAACACAAAAAGAGAAAAGAGUCCAGAAGUUGGGAGUAGGAAAAAGAAAAAGAAUGAUACAGACGGAGAAGAGAGUUCAGAGGAAGAGUAUUAUUUAGGGAAAGACAGAGAUAUGGAGAGACAAAAAGAGAGAGAUCGCAUAAGAAACGAGAUAAAACAGCUAAAAAAAGAGAUGAAAGGUCCCAAAGAAGAAAAGAACGAAGAGAGUAAAGAAGAGAAGCAGGAUAAGAAUUUAGAAGAGGAUAACGAGAUGUACAAACAGUAUGUGGAAGAGCAGGACAAAUAUAGGAAGAUGAAGGAGAAGAUACCGAAAAAGGGUGCAGCCAGAGCCCGCCGGUCGAAGAUCAUUAGGAAAGCAAAGAGAAAACCGUGGGUGAAGAAUUUGUACGAAAACAGAGAUUACCCAGAUAACUAUACGGAUAAGAAGUUUCUAGAAGAUUUGCGAAAGAAUAUUAACAUUGAAAAAGUGACUUUACUGCAAGCUAUACAAGGCUCAUUCCGGGUUGUUCUACGACUGUGUUUGUGUGUACUAUAUGCGAUUGUGUAUGUGUAUAUGUAUAAUAAGUUCGUGCAAACGUACACAGUGAUAUAUAUAUCGGCUGCAGUGACUUUGAUAUGUCACAUGUUAUAUAUUUAUUUAGAGGGAACAGCUACUCUGUUACACGUUAAAACUGUUUUAAUAUAUAUCGUAAUAGGAUACCUGUUAUCGCCGAUAUUUCAUACGUUAACCGAUACGGUUAGUACCGAUACAAUAUACGCAUGGGCUGUUAUUAUGAUGUUGAUACAUCUGAUAUUUUUUGAUUACGACGUCGCCGUGGCGCUAGUAUCAAAAUCAUUAUCAAUAAACGCAGCUAUAUUCGCCUCUAUGUGUCUAGUAUCAAGAUUAUCAACGUCUUUUGACGCGUUCAUACUGUUAACAGUUUCUGUGAUAUUAUUUGUAUUAAGUCCGCAAUUGUUCAAAGUAUUAUUACAUACUAGGUUAUUUUUACCGUUAUUUUUUAUCACUUUACUUGUUACUUUCGUGUGUUUGUACAGCGUAUCUGUUACGUUGUUCUGUUAUUUUGUACUAGUUGUUAUUAUAUUAAGUAUUUACUUACCGUUCUUGUUUGUAAGAUGGCAAGUCUACAAAGAUAAUAAGUACGGGCCUUGGGAUGAGGCAAUCAUUAAUGACUCUGAUGAUUUGGAAGAGGUCGUUGGUGAUAUUUAAAUGUUAUU